CACACACAUUACUCCUGGUGGCUGCCCCAUCAGUGUAUGACUAUGUAAAUGCUUGUGUGCAUAUGGAAUAUGUUGAAAUACACAAAUUUGAAAAAGUAAAAAUUAUGGUUUGAUAAAAUACUAAUUUUUAUCUACAUAUUUUGUAUGAUAUUUAGGAGGAAUAUAAACACAUAAAUACAUAGGUUUAUAAAUUGCUGUGAGACAGCUUUAGUGUAUUUCUUGCAACAAUAACUAACCAAUAAAAUACUAAAAAAACUGACACGCUUUCACACCAAAUGUGUGACUGAGCCUGUGUGUAAACUAGAUAGAAAGCUAGCAGAGAGGAUGUAAUAAAACACUGCCAGUGAAAGAUAAAUGGUUGAAAGUCAAGCUUCUGACACUCAAAGUAGUUGCAGUAUGAAUGCAAACUUUAAGAUCCAGAUUAAGCAUCAACAAUUCCAGGACAUGAAAAAGAAAUACUGAAAGUGUUUCUAUUCCAUUUUAACACUGAUUUGAAAGAACAUUUAGUGUAAUUAUACUGAAUAAUAUAAGUAGGUGUGCACAUCUUAAGUUACCAGUCACAGGUCAAAACCAGACAAUGAAGGCUAGAUCACAAUCUCUUAUUACAGUGACUGGAUUUGGCUGCCAACCAAAACCACUUACAAUAAACAAACACUUACCUACACCAAACCUUGAUUAUAAUUACUAAGGCUGUAUAAUUAUGGGUCAUAACAAAUUGUUUGCACAUAUGUUAUAGGGUCAUUUUUGACUAGAAGAGUCCCAGGCGACUGAUCGGUCUUGCGACUGAUAAUUUGACUAGUCGACUUUGAGGGGACAGCCCUGCAGAUAUGUGGGUCUGGUGGAAACAUGUAAACCAGGGCAGUGGUGUGUUUUGUCUGUAAUUGUUUUGCUUUUGAAUAUGUUGAUAUAUUAUGUGUUGCUUAGUUUUUGUUUAAGUUGUUUUGUAUCGUAUUGGUUUUGUUACUAUAGUUAUGUUUUUGAUUAUAAUCUGUCAAGGGACUACAGAUAAAAAUGAGCUUUAAGAUAACUCCAGUACAAUACAUUAAAUGGUAACAUUUAUGUUUAUAGUUCCUUACAAAUAAAAGUUGGGAAAAAGCCCCUUAACUUACACACACCUAGCUGUGUUUUCACUCCUUGUGGGAACUUCACAUUGACCUACAUUCAUUUCCUGUAGAUUUGUCCUAACCUUAACCAUAACCACUACUUGCCUAACCCUAACACCUAACCUUAAACCAUGUUGUCAUCCUAAAAUUCAGUGAUUGGCUGAGUCCCUACAAUGUGAGUGUUUUAGCAGGUUUUAUACAAAGCCACACACACGCACACACAUGCACACACACGCGCACACAGCAGGAUUCUAAAAAGUAUUUUUUCAAAUGAAAACUCCUUUGAUCCUAGUGACAUCACAAAGUGACUCUUCACGGAAUGCAUGGUGUGAUCUCUACACAGCAUCCAACAGCAGAACUCAAACAGUCAAGACAGGUUGCAGGUGUGGAUUUGUAUUUUAACGACAAGUUUCACGUGUGAGUUUUUAUUUUACUGACAAGUAAUCAGUAUUACAGCCUGUUAAACAUCAUGGAAGGUGAUUCAUAUCAGGAGUUUCAAACUCUUGACAGAAACAGCAGCACAGAGCCCUGUGGUGUUUCUGUCCAGACCAGGACUAUGAAAAGGAAGGCCAAUACUGAUGGUUUUAGACCAGAGAAGAGGAUGUGCAUCUUCAAAUCUGCCUUUGAACACAGGAGAGGCAGAAAAAGAAAAGUCCCUGCAAAUGAAGAGAACAUAAGAAAAAGGCAGAGGACUUCUGAGACUGAAAAGCACAUUGGCAGGCUAAAGAGGAAAGCCACUGAAAAUGAAGACAAACCAAAAGAGAGACAGAAGGUCUCCAAACUGAACCAGAGAGAAGAGGACACCACCUCAUCAUCACUGGAUGCUGCACUACCUCAGAAGAGGGACAAAAACAACAUGUCCACCUCAGAAGAAACCAGAAAGCUGGCGUUUGAGGCAAAGUACCAGCAGCUGAGCCCAUUGGGUGAAGGGGGCCAUGGAUCUGUCUAUGCUGGUUACAGGAGAGCAGAUCAUUUCCCUGUGGCAAUAAAACACAUUCCCAGGGACAAUAUCAUCUGUAAAGGCCUCACUCAGAACAGAAAGACAAUCUCUCUUGAGGUGGCAGUCAUGAAAAAGAUGGCAAGUGGAGCAGCAGGAUCAGUAAGGAAAUCUGCAGCCAUUUCUUUACUGGAUAACUAUGAUCUGGAACAGGAGCUGAUCCUGGUCCUCGAACGUCCAUUGCCAUCCAAUGACCUCUGCAAAUAUAUUGAGGUCAAAGGAGGGUCCCUGCAGGAGGAGGAGGCCAAACUGUUUUUAAAGCAACUUAUAGAAGCCGCCAUGGAGCUUCAAGCAAAAAAGGUUUUCCACAGGGACAUCAAGUUGGAAAACAUCUUGGUUGAAACUGGAAGUAAUGUCCCACGGUUGAGGCUGAUUGAUUUUGGCCUCAGCUGCUUCACAAAGAAGACCUCAUCCUAUAAGACCUUCUUUGGUACUGAUGCCCACAUCCCACCAGAAUGGUACCAGUGCUACAUCUACAGGGCCGAAUCCACCACAGUGUGGCAGCUGGGAGUGGUCCUGUAUGACAUGCUGCACAGGGACACACGAUUUGAAACAACAAGGUUCCUGAGCAGUCAACUUGGCAUCAGUAAGGAGUUGUCUCAAGGCUGUCAGCAAAUGUUGCGCCUGUGUCUUGCUGUAGACCCACAGCAGCGGCCUUCAUUGGAGCAGCUCUGGCUUCACCCCUGGCUCGCAUAAGCAGCCCUUCACCUUCUGGACACCUGUGCAAACCACACUUCCAACACCCACUACCUCUACCCUUCCUCCUAACCUUGUUCUCAUGUGAAGUACUUCACAAGACUAUAACAUUCAUUGUAAAUAAAAUGUAAAACAUUCAA